AUGGGAAUCUCAGUGGCUCUUCAUCCACUUCGACGAGCUGACGGAUCUGCCGUCUUCACCGAUGGUCUAUACACCGUGAUCGCUGGUAUCAAUGGACCGGUAGAGGUCCAACGUCGUGAUGAAAUUCCAGACGAAGCUGCCAUUGAGUUGAACCUCCGCCCAGCUGCUGGCGUCGGAGGUCCUCGAGAGAGAUGGCUGGAGGAAAUUGUGCAUGCGGUGAUCAAGAACGUACUUCUCGUGCACCUUCAUCCCCGAACACUUGUACAGAUCACGUUGCAAAUUGCCAAAGAACCACAAGUCAAAGCAAGACAGACUGUUGCAGACAUCGCCAUCAUCCCGACACUCGUGAACUCAGCCUUUAUAGCUCUGAUCGACAGCGGCCUCCCUCUGGCAACGACCAUGAGCGCGGUGCUGGCCAUCUUGCGCAACAAUGGAGAAGUUGUUUACUCCCCGCAAGAGAAGGACCUUCUAGACUGCAAGAGCAUCCAUGCCCUGGCAUUCAACCAGGACGGAGAACAGCUACUCGAACAAUCCUCAGGUGAGUUCGACCUCGACCUAUGGGAGAAGGUUGUAGACGGUGCGCAAUCUGCUUGUCUCGCAGCGGCUGGAUCAGCAGAGGAGGAUACGGACAUGCUUGAUCAUGCUGGAGCCCAGAGUGUUAGGCAAGCGUGGCUGCGACAGGCGCUUGAGGAUCGCGCGAAGGUUGUCAAUGCAUGGCGUAGCCAUCCGUGA